CUUCCGCAGUGCGCGCCUUUGUGUCGGAGCGCGCGGCCCGUCCUGCAGCUCGGGGACGCCGGGACCGUUUCCUUCCUGGAGUUUGGGGGCUUCGGUUCCCACUGUGCGGCCCGAGCCACCGUGCGGCGGGAGAGCGGACGGAACCGCUGGCGUUGGGGACGCCGGACAUGAAUACUCUGUGAAACUUUGCUGCAGUGGGAUCAAGAGAGGAUACUAUACCCAGGAUCUAGACAUGGAGUUGGUAUCAUUUGAAGACAUAGUUGUGGAGUUCACCUGGCAAGAGUGGCAGGACCUGGAUGUUGAUCAGCAAAACCUCUACAGGAAUGUGAUGCUAGAGAACUACAAUAGCCUGGUGUCCUUGGGGAAGUGUAGCACAAAACCAGAUUUGAUCUUCAAGUUGGAACAUGGAUUUCCACCAUGGAGUGUAGCAGAAAAAUCAAUUAAGAAUCUUUCAGAAUUAAAAGGUCAACAAUGCCAGGAUGCUGAGAGGCCAUAUGAAUUUGAUGAAUGUGUGAAUGAUUAUUACAACAUGUCAAAACUCAACAUGCAUCAGAGACCUCGUACAAGCCAGAAGCCACAUAUAUGUAAUGAAUGUGGGAAAUCUUUCUCUGCCAAGUCAGACCUUAAUGAACAUCAAAGAACCCACACAGGUCACAAUUCAUACAUAUGUAAUGAAUGUGGAAAACCUUUCCCAGUUAUAUCAGAUCUCAGAAAACAUCAAAGAACUCAUACAGGAAAGAAGCCUUGUGAAUGUAAUGAAUGUGGGAAAGCUUUCAUCUCUAUGUCAAAACUCACUAGGCACCAAAGAACUCAUACAGGUGAGAAGCCCUAUGAAUGUAAUGAAUGUGAGAAAGCUUUCAUCUCCAAGUCACUGCUCACUAUGCAUCAGAGAAUUCAUACAGGUGAGAGGCCAUAUGAAUGUAAUGAAUGUGACAAAGCUUUCAUCUCUAAGCAACAGCUCACUAUGCACCAGAGAACUCAUACAGGGGAGAGGCCAUACAAAUGUAAUGAAUGUGGGAAAACUUUCAUCACUAAGCCACAGCUCACUAUGCACCAGAGAGCUCAUACAGGCGAGAGGCCAUAUGAAUGUAGUGAAUGUGGGAAAGAUUUCAUCUCUAAGCCACAGCUCACUUUGCACCAGAGAAAUCACACAGGCGAGAGGCCAUAUACAUGUAAUGAUUGUGGGAAAGCUUUCAUCUCCAAGUCAAAACUCACUGUGCACCAGAGAAUUCAUUCAGGGGAGAAGCCAUAUGAAUGUAGUGAGUGUGGAAAAGCUUUCCUCUCUAUAUCAAAACUCACUGUACACCAGAGAAUUCAUACAGGAGAGAAGCCUUAUGAAUGUAAUGAAUGUGGGAAAGCUUUCAUCUCCGCAUCAAAACUCACUGUACACCAGAAAAUUCAUACAGGGGAGAAGCCUUAUGAAUGUAAUGAAUGUGGUAAACUUUUCCUUUUCACAUCAGAGCUUAGAACACAUCAGAGAACUCAUACAGGGGAAAGGCCAUAUGCAUGUAGUCACUGUGGGAAAGCUUUCAUCUCCACAUCAAAACUCAAUAGGCACCAAAGAAUUCAUACAGGUGAGAAACCAUAUGAAUGUAAUGAGUGUGGGAAAGGUUUUAUGUAUAAGGCACAGCUCACUAUGCAUCAGAGAACUCACACAGGGGAGAAGCCAUAUGAGUGUAAUGAAUGUUGGAAAGCUUUCAUCUCUAAGCAACAGCUCACUAUGCACCAGAGAAAUCACACUGGUGAAAGGCCACAUGAAUGUAAUGAAUGUGGGAAAGGUUUCAUGUCUAAGCCACAGCUCACCAUGCACCAGAGAACUCACUCAAGAGAUAGGCCCUAUGAGUGUCAUGAAUGUGGGAAAUCUUUUGUCUCCACAUCAAAACUCACUGAGCACCAGAGAACUCAUACAGGGGAGAAGCCUUAUGAAUGUAAUGAAUGUGGAAAACCUUUCCUUGCCAAAUCAAGUCUUAGUCGACAUCUGAGAAGUCAUACAGGGGAGAAGCCAUAUAAAUGUAAUGAAUGUGGAAAAGCUUUCAUCUCCAAGUCAUAUCUUACUAUACACCAGAGAAUUCAUACAGGUGAGAAGCCAUAUAAAUGUAAUGAGUGUGGGAAAGCUUACAUCUCUAAGGCACAGCUUACUAUGCACCAGAGAACACAUAUAAGUAAAAGACCACAUGAAAGUAAUGAAUAUUGGAAAGUUCUUACCUCUAAGUCAGAGCUUACUAUGCACCAGAAUUCUUAUACAGGUGAGAUGCCAUAUGCAUGUGAUGAAUAUGGGAAAAUAUUCCCUAUACACCAGGGUAGUAAUAUGGGUGAGGAGCUAUAUGAAUGUGAUGAACAUGAAGAACCUUUCCUUUCCAAAUAAGAGCUUAGUAGGUGUCAGUGAGCUUAUACAGGAUAGAAGGUAUAUGAAUAUGGGAAGCCUUCCCCUGCCAAACCAGAUAUUAAUAAACAUUAGAGAGUUCAUACAGGUGCAAAAACAUAUGAAUAUAAUUUAUGUGAGAGAGCUU